CUCGUUCAAUCAUUUUCAAACUAUAGCUGCAUUAAUCUUUGUUAUGAACUUUGGUGCAUUGGUUCGUUUGACCUAAACGUUUAAGAUUGCUACUGUGUUUGUGGAUGUAGCUGAUGGAUCUCCUAUUGUGCAGGUUGAAAUUUAUUAAGGAGGUAAAACAUGUGUCGGCAAAAUUCUCCGGUACACCAUUCCGGUGAAGAAGAAGUUGCAGCUGACGAGAGUCUUUUGAUUUAUUGCAAGCCUGUUGAGCUGUACAAUAUUCUCUACCGUCGUGCUCUUCAUAAUCCUUCUUUUCUUGGGAGAUGUUUGCGUUAUAAAUUAAGAGCAAGGCGUAAAAGGAGGUUGAGAGCAGGAAUUGUGAUUUUCAACUAUAGGGACCGUUACAACAUGCUUCGAAAGACUGAAGUGACUGAAGACUUUUCUUGUCCAUUUUGCAUGAUGCAAUGUGGGAGCUUUAAGGGUUUGCGGUUUCAUCUUUGUUCAUCACAUGAUCUAUUCAACUUUGAGUUCUGGGUUACUGAAGAUUACCAAGCAGUGAAUGUCUCAGUUAAAAUUGAUAUAUUGAGAUCAGAGAAUGUUGCUGAUGGAGUAAUUCCACAAUCUCAAACCUUCUUCUUCUGCUCAAGACCUCGUAAACGUAGAAGAAAGGACUCUGUUCAAAAUGAAAAGCGCUCCAAUGUAAAGUUUCUGGAGUUGGACUCACCAGAAGGCAUACAGAAUGGAUUUCUACAAAAAGAUGAUGAUAUCCUAUCCUGCAAAGGGGAGAACAUGUCUAGAACAUCUCUUAAUGAGAAGAUUUUGCCAAGUAGAAGACAUGGGGAAGGAAAAUUUGGUCUUGAUCAUCCUGGCACUAUGGAUGACCUGGAGCAUGUUGAAUCCAGUUUCAACAUUCCAGGUGUUUCAAUUGCCAUGCCCCAAUCGUCCGGGGACCCUGAAUGUAGUAAAUCAACAUAUAGAAAUGAUCCUGCUCUGCCUGCUAAAACAAAGAAGUUAAGCAUGGAUCGAUCAGACUCAAAAAACCGUAUGCUCCUGCAGAAGAGACAGUUCUUUCACUCACACAGAGUUCAGCCUAUGGCACUAGAACAAGUGUUAUCAGAUCGUGACAGUGAAGAUGAAGUUGAUGAUGACAUUGCAGAUCUUGAAGAUAGAAGGAUGCUUGAUGAUUUUGUGGAUGUUUCCAAAGAUGAAAAACAGCUUAUGCAUCUCUGGAACUCUUUUAUGAGGAAGCAAAGGGUGCUGGCUGAUGGUCAUGUUCCGUGGGCCUGUGAAGGAUUUUCCAAGCUUCACGGAAAAGAGCUGAUCUCAUCUCCAGCUUUAUUUUGGUGUUGGAGGUUAUUCAUGAUCAAACUUUGGAAUCAUGGUCUUCUUGAUGCCUGCACAAUGAACAACUGUAGUAUAAUAUUAGAUAGUUACAGAAACGAGGGAUUGGAUACUGGCAAAAAUUAAAGACCAGAAAGAAAUUGACUCAGCAACAAGAAUAUACAGUCUUCCCUGCCUUUAAUUUGCUUGACUGCAGGUUCCCAUUUUCGUAUUUGCAUAAUUUAUGAUUUUUUGAAUUAUUAUUGGACUGUACAUUGUAUUGAUAUUCUCAAUGUAUUGAGAUUGAAAUUU